AUGCGAAUUGCGGCUCUGUUUUCCCUGGCCCUCGGGCUUCUCGCCUCAAAGGCGCAAGGCACUGGGUCUAUUGGCCAGACAGAGGGUUCGAUCGACACAAGACCACAGCCAUUCGAUCUCAAUGGAUCCAACUAUACGUACCCGUAUCCCGUGCACGUGUACAACUUCGAGAGCCAGUUCCAAGAGCUUCAGAUGGCCUUCAUGGAUGUGCCUCCACGAGCAAAUGUGACGUCCAACGGACAGGUUGCUGUUGUGUUCCACGGGAAGAACUUUUGUGGCCCGACAUGGAUUCAGACCAUCAACGAGCUGACAGCUCAUGGAUACCGCGUCAUCGCAGUCGACCAGAUCGGCUUCUGCAAGUCUAGCAAGCCCGAGAACUACCAAUUCAGCCUUCAGCAAUUCGCCUCCAGCACAAGCAGCUUGCUUAAUGCCCUAGACAUAUACGAGGUGACGGUCAUUGGCCACUCUCUGGGCGGCAUGCUGGCUGCCAGGUACUCCAUGAUGUACCCAAGCAAUGUUACUGAGCUGGUUCUCGUUGAUCCAAUGGGUCUAGAAGACUGGCUGGAAGUUGGCGUUCCGUACCCCAGCCUGCAGUACAACUGGCAGGCCGAGAACUCCACGACCUGGGACUCCAUCAAGGCGUACGAAAACGCAACCUACUACGUCGGUAACUGGGAUUCGUCAUAUGACGAGUGGGUAACCAUGUCCGCCAACAUCUACUACGGCAGCGAGCGCCACAACUUCCUCAUUAACCAGGCCCGGGUUGUUGACAUGGUGCUCACGCAGCCGAUCGCCCAUUCCUUCGACAAGAUCUAUCCGCGCACCUUGCUGAUUGUCGGAGACAAGGACAACACCGCGGUGGGCAAACAGUGGUCGCCCGCCGAUGUCGCGGCGAAGCUGGGAAACUACUCUGUGCUUGGACCUCAAACAGCAGCAAAGAUUCCGAACUGCACGUUCAUUCACUACCCUGAUCAGGGUCAUGCGCCACACCUGGAGGAUCCCGAGCAAUUUCAUGAGGAUUUGUUCUCGUGGCUCACGUGGAAGCCUUGA